UUGGAAUUACCUUCUCUUGAAGCAAUGCCUGGUUCGUUAUCUUUCCCUUGUCUAUUUAUAGCGUAGGAAAACUCAUAGUGGCUUUUCCAUUUGAGUUCUCUGCUUAUGCAUUGCUUUCGUAUUUCUCAUAAUUCAGUUGUUUGUAUUGCCUUCUCCUUGAUUGCCUCAUCCUCGUGAUUUUUCAUUCAAUGUUAUGUUUCUCAUAACAAUUGGUGGAGAAACUACACUUAUACAAGCAUAUUAGAGAUUGGGAGACAAGAUACAGAGAUAAGCAUUUCAUCUAUGUGUCUUUGAUCUCACAAGGAAAUGGAUAUUGUUAUUUCAAUUGCUUCCAAAAUUGCAGAGUCCUUGGUGACACCAAUAGGCAGAGAAUUUGGCUAUUUGAUUUACUAUGAUACCAACAUGAAAGAUCUAAAGGAUGAACUUAAACAGCUUUUUGAGAUGAAAGAUGGGGUGCAAGAAUUGGUCAAUGCUGCCAAAAGGAAUGGUGAAGUUAUCAACUCUGAUGUUCAAAGUUGGCUAACAAAUGUUAACAAGUUAAUUCAGAAAGUGUCGCAUUUUGAGGAAGAAGUCAACAUGAAAAGGCGAUUCUUGUACCGGUGGAACAUAAGUAGGAAAGCCACUAAGAUUACACAAGAUGUUCGUCAUCUCCAAAAAGAAAGAACAUUCAAUAAUAAUGUUGCCCAUCCUGCACCUCCACCGAUGAUAUGGUCAACAUUCAAAGAAGGUUUUAAGGAUUUUAAAUCCAGAAUGACAUGUGUGAAUAGCGUGAUAGAGGUUUUGAAGAAUGAAGAAGUUAGAAUGAUUGGGAUUUGUGGUAUGGGGGGUGUGGGUAAAACCACAAUGGUGAAAGAAAUCAUCAAAAGAUUGGCAGGAUUGAAAGUAUUCGAUAAUAUUGUGAUGGCAGUUGUGUCCCAAAGCCCAAAUAUUCAGAAGAUUCAAUCAGAAAUUGCAGAGGAGCUGGGGUUUAAAUAUGACGAGAAUACCGAAAGUGGAAGAGCUCGAAGGCUCUACGGAACACUCAUGGAAAUAAAUAGGAUCUUGAUUGUAUUAGAUGAUGUGUGGACAGAGCUCGAUUUUGAGGCUAUAGGACUUCCUUCUGGACUUACUCAUAAAGGGUGCAAAGUUAUGUUGACCUCACGAAACUUGGAAGUGUGCAAUGCAAUGGGAAGUCAAGAAAUUUUUACAAUCCCAGUUUUAACACCAGAGGAAUCAUGGGAACUCUUCCGUGAAAUCAUAGGUAAACCCUUGGACUAUCCUGAUUUGGCGAAACGAGUCAUGAAUGAGUGUGCAGGUUUACCUAUUGCUAUUUUAACUGUUGCGAAAGCACUAGAAAAUAAGAGGAAGUAUGAAUGGGAUGAUGCCCUCAAACAGCUACAAAGUUCAGCUCCUGGAAGCAUCUCUUCGAUGAAUGACAGAGUUUAUUCAAGCAUACAAUGGAGUUAUGAUAGAUUGGAGAGUGAUGAAGCGAAGUCAUGCCUUUUGCUUUGUUGUUUAUUUCCUGAAGAUUAUGAUAUUCCAAUUGAGUAUUUGGUUAGAUAUGGAUGUGGUCGAGGGUAUUUUAGUAACACUGAUUCAGUGGAAGAAGCAAGAAAUAGAGUGCAUUCUUUGGUUGACAAACUUCAAAGAAGGUUUUUGUUGCUAGAUAGCAAAUUGAAAGACCAUACCAAGAUGCAUGACAUAGUUCGUGAUGUUGCCAUAUCAAUUGCCUCAAGAGAUCCACAUAGAUUUCUAAUAAGAUGUGAUGCUGAAAAGAAAGGGUGGCCAAAGAUAUACGACCAUUACACAACAAUCUCACUGAUACCAAUUAAUAUUGAUGAGAUCCCAGUUGGUCUGGAUUGUCCAAAACUUGAGCUUCUACACUUAGAAGGUGAACGUUAUUCGGAAAAUAGCAUGGACAUCAUGUGUAAAGGGAUGAAAAAGCUGAAGGUUUUAGCAUUGGUAGACGUGCGGGGGAUUUCAGCCUUGCCAAGUUCACUAGGACUACUGAAGAGCCUUCGAACCUUGUCCCUAAAUGGUUGUCGUUAUUUAACAAAUAUAUCUGAUGUUAUUGGAAGAUUGGAAAAUUUAGAGAUCCUCAGCUUUCGUCAAUGCUCUAGAAUCUUAAAGUUACCAAAGGAAAUUGGACUUCUUAAACAUUUAAGGUUGUUAGAUAUCACGGAUUGUAAUUGUCUUGAGAAGAUUCCACAUGGUCUCUUAUCGAGCUUAUCUAGUCUUGAAGAGUUGUAUAUGGAAAAUAGUUUUUGCAAAUGGGAACAAUCAGCAGCAGAAAGCGAAGAUAAGAGGAUGGCAAGCCUUGUUGAGGUGAUGUCUUUGUCUAAUCAUUUGAAGGUUUUAGUCAUAGUUAUACCAGAUUUCAACUUCUUUCCAAAAGACUGUUACUUGACAAUCCAGACAACAAUAAGAUUCCACAUAUCCAACAGAACGUUUCUACCAUGGAUUACAGGUAUUCCAUCUACAAGAACAGGUUGUUAUGCAUUUGAAAAUAAGUUGGAUAUUGUUAGCAGUGAUGCAACGGAAUUCAUGGAGAUUCAAACUGUUCGACUCUUAUUUAAGAAAUGUGAAGAUUUAUACUUGCAAGAGAUUAAGAAUUUAAAGUAUGUCCUCAAUGAAUUAGACCAAGAGGGAUUGCAACACUUAAAAGUUUUAACAAUUUCGGGCUGCCCUGAGAUAGAAUACCUUGUAAAUGGAGCAAGUUGGACUCAACAAACAGCCUUCCCUCUCAUCCAAUCAAUCCAACUCGAGUCGAUGCCCGAGCUAAGAGCGAUAUGCCCCGACCAACUUCCACAGAGCUCUUUUAUCAACUUAAGAUCUCUUGAAUUACAUAAUUGCCCCGUUUUAAAAUAUGUAUUUUCUCUAUCAGUAGCAAGCAACUUGGUUCAACUCCAAAGCUUACUUGUUGUCUUGUGUCCCCAAAUGAAAGAAAUCGUCUCAAAAGAGUGGAGGGAACAUGAGACCGCCUCGGACAUCAUAGCUUUCCCUAAAUUAAUAUAUUUGAUACUCCAAGGUCUAUCUAAUGAAUUCGUUGGUUUCUACGAAGCCAACAAGCUAUACUCCAACCAUGAGGUAACAACGCCUGAGAAUCAAAAUGUGGUAGGAACUUCAUAUGAUGUGCAUCAAUCUUCUAGAAGCUUUGAAAGAGCAGUAUUUCCAUCAAAGUGCAUUUUAUGGUUACAAAAUCUAGAAGAAGUGAAACUAGAAUAUUCCGAUGUAGAUGUGUUCUUUAAUUUGAAAGGCCAUAUGGUUAGGGAUGGGCAGGCAGUUCCAGCAUUUUCUCAUUUACAAAAUUUGUUCAUACGGGAUUCUCGAUGUCAACACCUUUGGAAGAACAUUCCGCGUGGAUUCCAGGGCUUCCAAAACUUAAGAUAUUUAAAAAUACAAGAUGGUGGUGAUCUCCAGUAUGUGUUCCCACAUUCAAUUGCCAGGCUACUUGUGAAUCUUGAAGAGCUCAACAUAGCGCAAUGCUGGGAAAUGGAAACUAUAGUCAGAUCUGCAGAUGAAAAUGAAAAAGAGGAUCAGACGAGCAUGACUUUGUUUCCCAAACUAAAUAGUUUUGAUCUACACUGGCUUCGGAGUCUUGAGAGUCUUUGUCCUGAUGCUUCUACUUCUUUAUGUUCAACCGCCAAAGUUAUGUCUGUGAAAAGAUGCGACAAACUGAAGACAUUGGCUUCAGUAAUUCCACAGAUAAAAAAGUUGGAGAAAGAUUCAACAGCUCAUCACGAAGAUGAAGACGAAGAUAUUUCAUCAAGAUCAUGUGGAUGUACACCUUAUUCAUGUGGCCCAAUGACCAAACCAACUUCAAGAAGAAAUAUUGUUCAAAUAUUGCCACGUCCAGUCAAUCAAGAGGUUGCACCAACAAAUCUUGAUCAAGACUCAAACGAUUACGAUAAUCUAGAACGUCUUUCUGUACAAUCUUGUAAGUCAUUGGAAGUUGUUUUCCAACUCAAGGGACCAAAGGCUGUGGAAAGCCACAAUGUUCAAGCAUUCAAUAAGUUGUGUUACUUGUUGUUAAACAAAUUGCCAAGUUUAAUGCACGUAUGGGAAACGGGCGGUUCGCCUCAUAUCACAGGCUUUGGAAACUUAACAUUCUUAAGUGUAUCCCACUGUGGCAGUUUGCGAUAUUUGUUCUUGUCAACUGUAGCCAAGCUCCUUAUCAGUUUAAAGGACUUAAAAGUUGGGAACUGUCAGAAGAUUGAACAAGUUAUUGCAGAAGCAGAUACUGAAUGUGCUGACCAGGAAAUUACAUUUCGUCAACUGAAUUCCAUAACGCUUGAAGAUCUACCAAACCUCAUUUGUUUCUCUAUUGAAGCUUAUACUUUGAAGUUUCCAUGUUUGAGGGAAUUGAAGGUUAUAAGAUGUCCAGAUUUAAGGACAUUUGCUUCUAAGGUUGUCAACGCACAUUCUGUAAUCAAAGUACAGACAGAGUUCGGAAAGUCUGAGUGGAUGGGGGACCUCAAUAGCACUAUAGGGAACAUUCAUGAAAAAAGGGAAACACAGAAGUGCAGAGCACAUUGAUGAGGAGGUUUGAGUUCUGUUCUGAAGAAUUUUAUGAGGAUGUGCAUACAGACUCUACAAAGUGAGUUCUUGAAGUUUGGAAUAGCAAGUUGCAAUUUCACAUCUCUAACCUCAUCAAUUCUUGAGAAACAAUCCCAUUUCAAUUCCAAGUGUUGAAGUGUAUUAUAAUUCAUGUAUUGGAUUUCAUUUGUAUAUCAUUCAAAUGUUUAAGCGGAUCUGAUGGUUCAACUAAUACCACAUUCAGAAGCAUUGAUAACAAAUUUCCCAUCAAUGGGGUUAAUUUUUCAUUCUUCAAUUUCCCAUCAAUGGGGGUGGGUAUGCCAGUUUGGCUUCCCUAGGGCUGAUUGAAGCUUAAUGUUGUAUAAGCAUCGAAUAGUCAUUGUCAUGACAAUUGAGCAUGAGGCCCACAGAGGCAAUGGGUUUCUCAUAGAAACCAUAAGGGUCUGCUUGUAUUUAUACUGUUAAGAUCUGAGACAAAUGUUCCAAGUGUUGAAGAAUAUAAAAAGGAAAAUAUUAGAGAGACCAAAUUUAGAUACUAACUUGUGCACUAUCUUUCUAAUAAAGCGUAGGACCCAUUAUAUUGGCCGACUUCACCUCUAUUAGAGAGAUGAUACAUAAGUUGGUAUCUAAAAUUGGUCUUCCUAACAUGACCCAAAAAGGAAAAUUAAAAUCAUAUAUAGUUUUUACUUUCGUUUAAUGUUUGACACCAUCUUUUAAAUUAUGAAAAACAAAUUGAAAGCUCACAUUUAGUUAUAUUUCCAUACAUCUCCCUUUUCCUGUGUGCAAAAUUUUUAUGGAAGAUUGUAUUUUCUACCAAAAACAAAAUCAGAGCCUCUCUUCCCUAUAAAUCUAGAGCAUUUCUCCAUUCUCAGAUCAUGUGCAUUUGAUGUCUUCUCUCCUUUGUUUUGCCUUGUUGCCUCCAUUCUUCCUUGUUUAGUCGUUAUAACUCUUUCUUUUUUUUUCAUUUUUGUUUUGUUUGUUAAUACUAGAGGAUUAGACGAGGUUAGCUCCCCAAUGAUGUUAACUAUCUCCCUAUCUCUUUCUCUUCGUGAAAAUAUAUAGGAGUACUUCAGAGAGCAUUUCAUCGGUACUCUCCACCUCCAUACAAGAAAAGGUGCCACUUGUAGCAAGUGAAAAUAAUCAUUCACAUAAUUUAUAUAGAGAUGUUGCCAAUUUCUCAUAGGUUUUUUUUAGUGACUUACUGGUCUGAUUGGUACAUAAGAAAAUUUUCUCUCUCAAAGAUUUAAGGUCCGAAACAUCAAAUCUUUCAAUCAUAGGUUGUUCUGCUGGCUUAGGGCCUUGACCAGUCACUCUCACAUAAUCGUUUUACACAAGUUCAAGCAAAGACAAAAAGAGUGCUGACGACGAUGAUUGGAGAUAUUUGGUCUCAUUUGAACUUUGCGAAUAUUUUUCUAAGGAUACAGAUAUUGAGAUGGUAAGUUUUUCUCUUUUUUAAAAAAUAAAUUAAAUUAAAUUAAAUAUUCUUGAAAGAGAUAAAGAUAAAGGAAAUAUAUGAAAAUGUCAGCGAUGAAGGACGGUAGGGGAACGAUGGUAGGAGGGAGGUGGAAGGAUGUGUAUGGACUAUUGUAGAAAAUGAAAACUAAAAACUAACAAUAACUCUAAGUUAUUUUUCAUUUUCUAGCUUUAAAUUUGUUUCAUUUUCAUUCUUUCACUAUGCAAUCUUGGUUUAUCUAUGCCUAGGCUGAGACGAGGGAAUUACAAGAUCAGCACCACAGAAUAGAAAAUGGAAUAAGUCUUCAUAUAUUGUUGAAUGUAGCAAUCAUAUUUCAGAGGUGAAUUGAGGACGUGAGCAUUCUUAGUUAAUUAAGGAGAUUUAUUUUCUUAAUUAGUUAAGGGAUUUACUUUCUUAUUUUAUAUAAUUGAUUAUCAUUGUAUAAUUAAGAGAUAUAUUUCUAAUUGAUUACUAUAUCUAUUUCGUUG